AUGUUUGGAAAAUUAAAAAAAAGUCAAUCCAGUAAAACAUUAGGAACCUUAAAUUAUCAAACCUAUGAUAAUAAUUAUAAAGAUACCAAUUAUUUAACAUCAAGAUGUUUUUUAACACCAUCAUUAGUUUUAAUAAGUGGUGAUAAUCAAUGUAUGAAUCAAUAUUCAAAUGAAAAAGUUGUAGUAAAAAUUACAAAUACAUAUGUGGAAAUUAUGGAAAAAACAAAUUUAGUUGUUAUAAAAACUUUUUUAUUAAGAGAUGUUAAAGAAUUUAUUUUUAAUGGUCAAUUUUGGGAAAUUAUAUGUAGAAAUUCUCAAGGAGAAUUUGUAACAUAUAGUUUCAAUGUUUCAAAAGCACAUAUUUUACAAUCAAAAGUAAUGGAAUUUCUUAAACAAGUACAAAAAGAGGAAGACCAUAAUAGUGAAUUCAUCCCAAAAAUUGUUUAUUAA